UGUCAUGGACACUUCAUUCGUACGCACCUAGGUCUACGUUAUUUUCAUGUUACCAUUCAGUCUUAUAGCCCAUAGAUCUUUACUUAUGUCACUUUAUAUUAACAAACCAACGGUGCGGCAAUGGGGCCACCACUAGGACCCAUUCUAGCCGACAUUUUCAUUUCGAAACUAGAAAAUGGGCCUUUGAAGGAUGCUAUUAAUGAACUCGAAUUCUAUUGUCGGUACAUGGAUGAUACAUUUCUGAUUAUGAGAAAUGAGAAGGAAGCAAAGAACAUCCUGGAUAAAUUUAACGAGGUUCAUCCUACAAUAAAUUUUACUAUUAAGAAAGAAAAAUACUCUAGUGUUCAAUUUCUAGACGUCCUUAUGACCAGAAAAGAGAAUGGUACAAUAAGGGGAAGUGUAUGCAGAAAGCCUUCAUCAACGGCUUAGUAUACUCAUUUUCUCAGCUUCGUGCCCUUGAAAUACAGACGCAAUCUGAUAAAGUGCUUGGUUCACAGAGCAAGCGCAAUUUACUCGGAUGAAUGUCUUGAUGAGGAACUUAAUAAUAUUAGACGGUUGCUAAGUGAAAAUGGUUAACCAGAAAAGUUUAUU